AUGCCUCCUCAAAACCGCCGGCUCCUACCAUAUUCAACUUCUUCGUAUUUGCCUUCCAACCCCCUGCUCAUUUUCUUCCCGUUACCUUUCCAAGAAUUGCCUGACAAGGAAGGUCGUUUCACUUUGUAGUUUCGGAAUUCUCUGUAAAUUUGACAAAAUAUCUCUCGAAGUACCAAAUUAGGGUCCUGGAAGUCUCACCCUGCAAAACUUCCUAGUUUUGAGAAAUAACGGCUCAGUCCAAAAAAUGUUCAUAUCAGCGGAUUUUAAGGUUUUCGUUGACUUUGCGAUGUCCGUUCUCAAUAACUGGAAAUUUGUGCAGGCUGAGACUUUCAUAAUGUUUUUUGGUACAUAAAGAAGUGUUCUGACCAAUUUUCACGAAAUCACCAACCGCAAAAAAACUGACUUGUGAGGGGAAUGUGCUCCAAUAUUGAAUCGAGAGAAACGAAAAUCGCUGCCGUACUAAAAAAAAAGCUCGGAAUUUGGAAAAACAGAGGAAUUGUUGAUUGACACGGCACGAAGGGCGAUCGGACAGACAUGCCUAUUCGGCAGGAGUAAUGCGCGGGGUCGUGGCGUCAAGUUUAACAGAAGUACUCGUGAAGAGGACGCGGAUAAGGGAUACGUUAUCGGUGCGAGGCAACAUCUGUUGUGCCCCCCGGCCGCCAGUCGGUUCGUCGCGCCUCCCACCACAAACCCCACUCGUACCCCACUAUUAUUCAAUGAGAUGAUGAUUGUUACUCGAUUAUUUACUGCUUUUUGCUUGAUCUCGACCCGAUUGCUGACAGCAGCGCCGAUCGAAGGCUCUGGCGCCGUGCUUCUGGAGGCCGAACCGGACCCGCCCGAUGGCGAGGUCCAGCUUCUCACUGGUUGGAUUUUGAGUCGUUUUUUUCUUAUCCAUGUUUUGUCGCUUGAAAAGUUGGAUUGUAUUGCGAAUGUGUUUUUUGGCCGGAUUUUUUCUGUGAGGCCGGAAAGUUUUGAAUAUAGAGAUGGUCAAACUUCUCCGACUUUUUCUUCGACUUAUCUUGCUCCUAUCCGAAGAACCUGAGAACCCAGAACAUUUUUUGAUAAGUAUCAUUUUACAGGUUUCUUUCCACAGUUCUUUCGAGCGAAUUUUUCGCAAAUUUUUAUUUUCAGGAUAUGAACUUCAGUGCAGAAAAAAUACAUACAUCAAAGUUCAAGACGUAAUCUCCUAAUCAGAAACAUCUUCUCUAAUCAGAAACAUCUUCUCCUAAUCAGAAACAUCUUCCACUAUUUUUUUCAUCUCCUCAUAAUCCUUUCUUUGUCCCGUCGUUUCCGAACCUCUGAGCUCAAAAACUGAUUAUCAAUCCGUUUUAUUUUCGCUCUUCGUAAUCAAAAAUCUUGAGCUAACUCAAAACCUCAAAAUUCUUGGAAGUCAUCACGAAGAUCCAAACGUUUUUUCAAAUGAAUUGAGCAUAAUUAUAAGAUCUCUGUCAAGCACAGUUUUUGGAACCAGCGUGAUCAGAUUCAUUUCACGAUCUUUCUCUCUUUUUGAAAUCCCUUUAUGAAUACUGCCCAAGUCGUAAAGCCGAAACCUUCUUUCAGGGUUAAUUUUAAGUUUUGGUCUGCCGGAUUCUAUUUUUUCCAAAGGAAUUCGAUCAACUUCCUAAGCUCUUAUUUUGAGGAUAAUUCACUGGAUUGUAAGUUUUUUUACUUUUUUUAUAUGAUUCCUUGUUGUCUCUUCAAUUAGUACAUAAAGUUGAUGGUUGGGUGGUAUGAAAAAAACACCGGCGAAAAUUCAAACGGCGACUUUUCCGAUUUUUUCAUAUCGCUAGGGAACUUUCCGACGGCCACCUUUCCGACGAAACUUUUUCCGACUUUUUUUUCUCGAUAAACUCUUUGUUUUACAUCUUCCUAUAUAAAGUAGGUAGUUUUUUCAUAAUUAAAAACACAAAGAAAUAGGAAGAAAAAAAUGUUCAUAGAUGUUUUAUAAACCGAAAAGCAUAAGGGAAAAAAAAGUCGGAAAAAGUUUCGUCGGAAAGGUGGCCGUCGGAAAGUUCCCUAGCGAAAUGAAAAAAAUCGGAAAAAGUCGCCGUUUGAAUUUUCGCUGGUGUUUUUUUCAUACCACCGAUGGUUGACUCGAUUUUUGAAUAAACCCUGAGACUUGUUACUUUUGCAAACCGUUAGCAUUAUUCAAAAAGUUAUCAACAUUUCAAAAAUACCUUUGAUGCGAUUUUUUUAAUUCUCUUCCGCCGUUUCCCAUACCUCUUUUCAAUAAUAUCCUGAAUUUUCCAAGAAUGUCUGGACCUUGAUCCAACUUUUUGUGUUACAUGAAACCGAACGGCUUCCCUCCCACACACUUGAGAUCAGUAACAUGAGCAACAGUGCGCAAACAUUCGAACGAGUACAACUGGUGUGACUGGUUCUCGCUGCGGCAUUCUUUCCGUUCUUUUUUUCUCGUGUUCCGCCUUCAUCUUUGAAAGGUUGCGUCAAGUGCCUGUUUUUCUCACCGUUCAAUAUUGGGAAAGAAAGAAAAAAAAGUAUUUUUUUUUGCCGUAAAGAUGGAAUCAAAACAUUGAAAAAGUUUAAAUAGCUUGAAAAUAUAUAGAAAGGUGUCCGAUCUGGAUUUGAUUUAUUUAAUGCGGUCGGAAUCUGUCUAUGUGCUGAUCGUUGUUUUAAUUUUUGAGCGUAGAAGGAUUUUUUGAACAAAUUUUUGGAGUCAUUUUCCAAUUUUCCUGGAUUUCAAAAAUCCUGAUUUUGAACGUUAAGCUUUUGAAAUUAUAAUAAGAGUCGAAUGAAAAUCCUAGAUACAUGAAAAAAAAAAACAAAAUGUAUGAAAGUUGAAAAAUUUUUGAUCCUCCAAGGAAUUCAGGUUAAAUUUGAGUUCAGUUCAGUGAAAAUAAAAAAACUGCAGAAAAAUUGUAGGAAACGUUUCGAACCGGAUAUUUCAAAGUUUCGACGGAUUGUAUCAAAUUAACUAUUUAACUUUAAAAAUAAUGAACACGAUUUUUUUAAAAGAAUGUUCAAUAAAUUAACAGCGCAGGUUUGAACUACGAAUAAUUUUAAAACUUUGAAUUUAUGAUAUUUUUUUUCAUUUUUCACGACCAUAAAUUCCUUUAUUUCCAAAUCAAAGUUUUUGUUCUAAAAGAAGUUUUUAGAAAAAAUAAGUGCUUUGAAUGAUCAAAUGAAGAAUUUCUGAGCAUUAGUUUGCCGAUUUAUUCGAGUUUGAAGCUUGAAAGUCGUUUACGGAGCGAAAAGGUCUUUGAUUGAUUUUUGAAUCGCAGCUCUUCCAAUUGUCUUAAAAAAGGAAUUUUUGUCUCAAGAAUUUUCGUCAAAUCAAAAGAUGAAGCAAGAAGAAAAAAAAAAGAGAAGGUCGGAGGGCCGAGAGAGAUUUUGCGCAUAGAAAUUGAAAUAAGAAAAGCAAAGAAACGAGAAGAGGGGCGGGCGAAUCUCAACUUCGGCCGCCCUCUAACCGUCGUCCACUGCUGCUGCUCGCCUCCCCCUACUCCCUUUCCGCCUUUGCACUAACCAGAAAUACAGUCGCCUCGGGGUUGCUCUGCCUCUGCACGUCUUCUGUGAUUCUGAAGCAGCAGCAAGACGGCCAUGGCGUUCUCGCUGUUCGCCGCGCUGUCGCUGUCGGUCAUCUACCGACUGACCAUCAACCUCCCUGACCUGCCCUAUUCUCACGAAUUGCGGCGCGUCGGCUCCGACGAAUUUUUGAAGACCUCCAAGGAGCUCAGCGAGGCCAUCGACAAGCUCUUGGUGGAGCUGCCCGGUGAACACCGCGCCUCCGUCUUUCAGUUUCGGUCCGAUUUUUGUCCUUCUUCUCGCUCACCGUUGUCUGGUACAGGAAAAGGCGUUUGAUUCUUUACUUCAAACUUUAAAGAUUAUUUCGUUCAGUUUCCUUUUUAGAUUAAGACAAAGACCGGAAAAAUUUGAAAUUUUUUGGUUAUUUUAUAUAGUAAGUGGUUGGCUUCAGACGAAAAACUUUAGGUAGGGUUUUUCUUUAUUUGGCCUCUACAUUGUCGAUUCAUCUCUCUUUCUGCACACUUUAUGGAAUAUUUUCUCAAGUUCCAGUGCCUUAACAAAAUCUGAAUUUAAGUUUUCAAUUGGAACCUAAUUUAUUGCUCGUUCAUUUAUUUCAUAUCUUUUACUUGUUUGAAAAAUUUUGACUUUCAACUUCAAAAAUUCGGACGACUUUGGCUUUUUUCUUGUACUUGCAGCUUCGUUUCCAUUCAUAAAAUAGUCCAGCAAAAUUCGUUUUUUUUACUGUUUUUUUAUUCAGUUUUUAAGUUUUUUGCUUUUUUUUUCCUCGGAUCCAAAUGGGAAAACAUAUAUUUCUUUUUCCACUUUUUUUCGAAUUUGUCAGAGUCAAAAUUGUAAAUUAAAAAUUUUUAAAAGAUUUUUUUUUCUUGAUUAUCAAAAAUACUUUUCAUAUCGAUCUUCCCUUUUCGAUAUUCUAAUUUUUUUGAGAUUUUUCAAUGUCAUUUUUCUAUAUUAAUUCGAAUGCAUUUAUUUUCUAACCAAGCAUUAAGGUUAAUUAGGAUUUUCUCGCAGCAGGAUAUUUACGGCAAAAAGUGUUGCAAAUUGCUAAAAAUCGUUUUCAAAUUGAAUUUUUGAGAGAUUUUCACUAACUAUAAAUAGUAAAAAUCCAUCUUUCCCACUUUUUUUAUCCGAGUCUAGACCGCUUGUUAACGGGAUGUUGCAAACCUGCACAUCAUAGUUUGCUCAAGUGCUUGAAGAACUGAACUGAACUGAAAAAAAGAAGAAAAGUUCAAAAAUGAAAUGGGAUCUUCCUCUUUUGAUUUUUGGAUGUGAAAAUGAAGAAGCUCAGCUAACAUAAUCUAUUCGGCACGGUUUGAAAUGUUUUGAUCGAAUUGAGAAUGGCUCAACGAGCUGCGGUUCAAGUCAUCAUGGCAAACCUUUGGCAAAUUUUUAUGGUUUCCACGGUUUGCAACAAUCUGACCUGUCUGCGCCCUCUUUUCUCUCACAGUUAAGGUUAGAGACGAUUAAAUUAGAAUAUAAUAAAGGAGUGCUAGAAUGCAGACUUUUUUCAAGUCAUGGAAGGAGGUAGACCGAGGCGCAGAAGUCUUUUCCGUUGUAGGCGCUACCCCAUUGAGCCAUUCCCAGUGUGACCAAAAGUUCAAACGUUUUAGCAAAGUUACAGUAAACGUGUUGUCUCCGUCAUUGUGAUUGUGAUUUUCUGUCAGGUACCAUCAAAUCAUCGGCACCUUGGCCUACGUCGACGUCUACACGGAUUCGGAAAGUCCGCGAGUCAGGGACGUCCUGCUCGCCGCCGCACACGACGGCCAAAUCGGCGAUUUCGCCGUCUCCAAUGAAGGAUUCGAGGUCCACGUCAUCAAAGGUGUGUGUGUCGUUUUUGUCCGUUUUUUGUCGGUUUUUGUUGUUUUCCGUGAUUUUUUAUGUUAUCUAACAGGAGUUUUUUUCGAAAGCAGCUUGUCAAGCGAAAUAGAAACUUAUCAGUUAACGUGAACGGCAUUUCAAAUACAUUUCCAUUCUUGUCUUGUUAGAAAUUUCUUUUUUUCAAUGUUGCAAACUUUCAUUUUCCAAACUUUUAUUUUUGAUCACUAAUUGUGAAAACUUUGUUUGUGUCGUGAUGCACUAUGAAUUUUCAGGAAUCUGUAUUUUUUCUUUGCCAGUUCAAAUCACGUUAACAAAGGCGCUUGUCUGAAUUUUCAAAAUUUUCAUCUCUUAACUUCGGAUUUAUCGAUCUAAGAAGUUUUUUCAACCCCUUCUCUUUGAUAGAAAUCAUUGUUUCUUCGCUUUUUUUUUCCAUGAUGACUCAUUACUUUUGAGUGGAGUAGGUUUUGAAACAUCUUGGUUACGUUUCUGUAACAGGAAAAAACUUUCUUUCGGUUAGUCAUCGUCUUGAACGUUCUUUCAGUUCCUUUCUAAAAAACCAAAUUGAAAGAACUAAAGAAGUUCUGAGAGUUUCGAAAGCGAUCUUCAAUCCAUUUUUCCAACUUAUAAUCGAUAAAUCCUCAUGUCUGGAUCCAGAAUUUUUUGUUCGUUCUGAAUUUUCAGUUCCAAAUUUAUCUCAAAAAUCAACAGCUACAAGAAGUUCUGAGAAAAACGGAAUUUUAAUCUUUUUUUUCUCACAAAAAAAGUUUCUUAUUUCUCAACUGAUAAACGAUAAGGUCUCAUGCCUUGAUCAGUACUGCCGCCGUGUUUUGCGUCGAGCAUUUUCUGGCCUGCUGCGCCUUGCUUGAAGUGCUUGUGUCUUAUGUGUAUUUUACGCGCUUUUACAAGCCACUUUGCACAUGAAUACGCUUUUCCUCCCACCUCUCUUGCAUAAUGUUCGUGAGACGCCUGGAGGGGUUUUCCGGCCGUACAAACAGUCUUUGACGCAACUUUUAUCGAAAAGAAAUGAGUAAAGCGGGUACUGAUAAGGGCGAAUUCCUCUAUGCGGCUAUAUUUUGAGGGUUUUUUGAAUCCUUGGUCUCAAAGCCACAUAUUCCGGAGAAAAACGGGUUAGGUUAGGCAGAUUUGAAGAGAUUUUUCCUUUUGAAAGCUUUGAGAUUUUCCUGACCAUUUUCAGAAGCUUUCAUCAACUUUUUGGGCUAGAUGGGCUUUCAAUUUGUUUCAAAUCGUUUUUAUAACUUUUCGGUUUUUGUUGGCCUCUUUCACUCCUUAUGAUGUUUCAAGGCGAAUAAAACCUCAAAAUAAUUUUUUUUUUUCAAGUCCAUUUUUCAUUUUCAACUGAGCUGUUAAAACUUUUCGAGCUGCUGGGAACUCCAAUCGAAAUAUUUUUUUUGAAUUUUAAGGAAAGUUUUUUUCCGAGUUUUUUUAAUCGUUUAUUAUGAAUUUAAAAAGAUUUCUAGAUUUUUUUAAUCAAGUUCUGAUGAGAAUCAAUACAUCCAAUUCGCAGCUGGCGUGAGCCAUCGAGAAGUGUCUUGACACGAAGAAAAAAGAAAUAUAUUUUUUAGAAAGGACAAUCAGUUUUUGCAUACAGGGUCUCUGAGAAAAUUUAAAAUGAAUACUUUCAGACGACAACGCCAACUGCGCUCCAACGGAAUUCAGAUGUCUCGACGGAAGCUGCAUCGCGGCGGACCGACGUUGCGACGGCCGCAGAGACUGCGCCGAUGGUUCGGACGAGAGCCGCAAGCAUGGUUUUUGCGAGUAGAAGUGGGGAAAUAAUCAAAAUUACUUCAGCUGAAUGCAAGCGACACGUCCCACUGAUCCUGCAGACCGAGAAGGAAGUCAGUACACCGAAACACGGGACCGUCCAUCUCUCAGCGAUCAUUGACCACGUUCCGGCUGGCCGACAGGUAUUUCCUUCUCUUGGAACACUCUGACCUGUCUGCGCUCUCUUUUCCCUCUUCGGCGAGGUCACAAGAGAUGAUAAAAUAAUUAAGAAUCAAGAAGUUUCUGUGUAAGACGUCGUGUAUCUUAUAGUGUCCAUGGUCCAAUUUUUAAAAUUUUCUUGAAAUGUAAAGUUUCUCACUUUUUUUCAUUUUCAUAUGAUUAAGUCUAGUCUCUUACAGGUGGGAGGAGGUAUAAAAUUCGAUAAAUUUAUAAGAAACGGCGAGUAUUAGGAAGAUUUUUUUAAAGCUAAGUAAGUAUAUGGAACAGCUUCAAAUUUUAUUAGCUUUUCGAUUCUUGUAAUGGGUGGAGGUGAACACUUUCAAACUGGUACAGCAAGUUGUAGCAGUUGCGACGCGGCUUUUGGCGGAUAAUAGCUCUUUUAAACUAAUUAUUUCACUUUUCUGGUAUUUUUCCGACUGUUUUCUUAGUUGUAAAAAAAAUCUCUUUAUUCAUUUUUACCACGAUAGGGUUCAAAGUCGCAUUUCGGGCCGAAUGCCAAAGGUUUCAACAAGUGGUAAAUUGACGUCUUCCAAGUCAGAAAAAGCCUCGUAAAUCUUCUCUUUAAGGUGAUCUGGUCUCGCAACGGCAAGGUGAUCGGCGAGGGAACCUUAGCCACAGGAAAUGAUGACCGAUUGAGCGUCUAUCACACCUCGGACCAGUACUUCUUGAGGAUCGAAAACACCACCGACGGCGACGCGGGAGAGUACAAGAUCAUGGUCGAGGGAAUGAAUGUUGAGGCUUCUUUCACGGUUGGUUUGAAGUUGUUUUGAGUUUUUGACCAAUUUUGAAGAGAUCAGAUAGCCCAUGGGAAAAUGAGAAACUUUAAAAGCUUUGUAGGUGUUUUUUUUAAGUGUUCUUGUUUUUUACUCCUAUAUUUUACAUUCUGUUCAGUCUUCAAAGAAGAUUUUGGGUAAAUAAUGGUAGGAAUAAAGAAGUAGGUUCUCGCUAUCACGGCUCCUAGAAGAAGAACCAAAUUUUGCAGGUGAACGUGACGCCGGACAAGCUGGCCGGCGAAUCAGAAGGCUGCCCUGAAGGGGAGAGGGCCUGCAAAUCCGGCCAUUGCUUGCCGGUCUCGCAGUUCUGCGACCGGACCGUUCAGUGUCCUGACGGCGACGACGAGGUCUCCUGCACGCGUAAGUUUCCUUUGAAGUCAAGGCGCGUCCUGGUAUAGCGUUGACAGAAAUACCUCAUGAGGAAGUUAUGAUUUUUAUCAUCAUCCAAUCAAGUCGGAAAAAGGCAUUUUCUUGACUUCUGAAAGGUUUUUUUUCAACGUAUUUUUCUCAAGCUUUUUUUUUUGUUUUUAAACGCUAAGAAUGUUUUGUUCUCGAGAAAAAAGCUUACUUCAGAGGUCACUUUGGCGGUUUUUUACCCUAUACAUAGAAACUUUUAGGUUUUUUCGUAGUUCUGUUAUUACGUCAUUGGCUUGAGAAUGAAAUUACAAAAUUUUUUUCUUUAAGUUGCACCGAAAAAUUCGUGAAACUCUGCACCAAAUCAGGUCAAAUAGCGCGUUUUGAAAUGGAUCGGCGCAUGCUGCAAGUUAGUUAGCCCAUGUAAAUUUUAGAUACGAGAUCUUUUCUCUCAAGUGCCGGUCACGCAACGCAAACCCUCUAUACCAUGAGCUUCUCCUCGAUUUAUUUAUUUAUUUGCUCGACCGACACUGUUGCGUUCCUUCCUGUCAUUUUGCCCUUUCCUCCCGUUCGCCUGGGCAAUCAAGAGACUUUUGACGGAUUUUUUUUGUCCUUCACAGAGAAAAAAGUUAAAAGGUAAGCAAAACCACCGAUUGAGAAGCUUUUUUGCUUCUUCUCCUCUUCUGUGUGAGGGGAUUUGUUUUGCGGAGCCGUGUGCCGCGGCAACCAUCCGGGUGCACUUUGCGACGACUCUGCAAACAACCAAGUUUCACCUCCGACCGUCGAGAGACAGGAUGCUUUUUCUCUCUCACUCUUAAUCACCUCGGACUUGCUCUAGGUCUUUUUUUUCUUCGUGAUGAAAUCGGCUGAAGGUGCCAAGAGUUCGUUUUUGACAAAAAAAAAAUGAAAAAAUUAGGGGACUCGAAAAACAUAGACUUUCAAGUAGCAGAAGGAUGUCGUAGUAAUCAUUAGAGUGAUAAAAGUAAUUUUAAAACAUUUCUGGAAUAAAUAACCUGAGUUCAACUGUUUAACGAUUAAUCGAAAUCUUUUUUAAUUCUUAUUUUUAAAAGUUGUAGUAUCAGCCCAAUUUAAUAAGGAAAAUAGAACUUCGAGAGGUUUUUUUUUAAAUCGCUUGUUUUUUUUUUAACUAACCUCCGGGCGCUAGAAUUUUCUUAAGAUGAGGCAUUUUUCAACCUUUCUUUUACGAAUUCUCAAAUACUUUCACGAGAAAAUAAAAGUUGAAACAUGGAUGAACAUUGAGAAGUAGAAUGAGAAACCUUCCAAUGUUUUUUUCUAUUUUUGGAGUUUGAUCAGUUCAGCGAACAGUCGCCAGCAGUCUGAGUAAUUUUUCGACAAUCAGUUCCUUUUCAAAAGCCCAAACUGUCGAGUUUUGAUUGGAUUUUUUGAACGUGUCUGGGACACGGCUGACGUGACUCAUCCGGUUGCCCAAACCCACCUUCACGGCUCGUUUCGAUUCUUUUCAAUAAGGGGGCGCCCUCAGCCAAUGACGCAGCUCGAUUGCUUCGCCGCGACAAUAGAAUGGCCGGCGUGUUCGGAAUACAUUUAUAUAUCAAAUCUACUUUUUUUUUCUCUUUCUCCCACGUUCCAACUGUCCCUUUUGCAGGCGUCGAAUGCACGUCGUCGGAACUUCUGUGCGAGGCGAACAACGUCUGCGUUCCGUUGACCGUCGCCUGCGACGGCUGGAGGGACUGUCACGACGGUUCCGAUGAGAAGGUCUCAGGAAAAAUUCACAAAACCAGAAUGGGGAUAGAAGGAAAAGAACAAUAAAUAACGAAAAAGAUUGAAUAUUACAUGAAACGCAUACGUGAAUCUGAAAAAUUACAAGUGGGUACCGGGUAGCUACUCCAAAAUCGUUUGACGUAAGCUAAUCGGUUGUCGUUUAUUAAUUAACAAGUAUCGUGUUGAUACCAUAGACAUGAUACCUGGAUAGUAUCGAAGAGGCACCUGGAUACCAUCGCUACCUGACGUUCGUCUUUUUUUACUGGGCAGCUAUCCGGUAGCUAUUAGAGAACCACCGAUCAGAACGAACCCCAGUGUAGACACCGCUAGACUUUUGAAAGAGUUGAGUGUCACAAUUAGACAAAAAAAAACCUCACAAUUAGCUUUUCGGUGUGUUCUGACCUUGCAGAAAGAUCAAAAUAACUUUCUUUGUCAAAGAGGAAAAAAUUGUUGAAUGUUUUUUUUAUUUGAAAAUUUCAAAUUUAAAUUUAAAUUCGACAAAACGUACCCGGAAGAAAGUUUCAUGAUCAGCGUAUUUAUUGAAGUUUCCUACUAGCAAAUGUCAAAGAGGUUAGGUCUUCAUAAUCUUUGAAUAAUGUCGGUCUUUUGAUAACGUAUAUGGAAUUACGAUGCCAGGUGUUUGUAUACUUUUCAUGAUAUAAGGAAAGUCGCCAAUCGAAUGUUUUGGAAACUGAACGAAAGGAUUUUGCAGAACUGCACUGAAGCUCACAAGGCACACAAGAAAGUGCAUCAUGGAAAACACCAGAGAAAGCCACAUUCGCGGCUGACGGUCGCCUGCGAGGACGGCAGCACUCCUGAGUACAGCUUGUGAGUUUUUCAAUUGAAACAGAACAUCAUAUUUCACAGAAUUCAUGUUUUUUUUUUCUUUAUUCUGCCUCAAAAAGGGUCCGAAUAUGUCGAUUCAAUUUAUCCUGUCGCAACCAGGAAAUUGAAAAACUUUUUGUAUAUGUAAAAAAAGAGGCUUUAGGGCGAUAUCAUUCAGGCUUUCGUUAGUUUUCAAUUUUUGUUACCUGAUUUCUAAAAAUUUUAUUUAUAUGUUUAAAUUUUAAAAAAAGAAAAAUUGUUUCAAGAUAUUGUCGCAAUCAAGAGUUAAAAUUCGAAUUCAAAAAAAGGUUGGUCGUCUCAAUAGAUCUAAAAACGUUUAAAAAAAAAAAUUAAUGUGACACAAACUGAAACUUUGAACUUAUUCAAUUCUUACUUUUUUCUAAACUUGAUACUUUUUGGCAUGAUAAAAGCUCUGAAAAUUUUCUGGAUUUCUUCCAGACACGGCUCGACGUAUUGUUGGUCAAAUUCGGUUUGUCCGUCUUCAACGGCUUGCGUCCAAGGACUCUGCUGCGCCGUCGGACGUUAGUUUUAGCUUCUGUUUGAACUUUUAUCGGUUCUUCUUUUCGGGUUUCUUGUUUUAGGGUUACUUCUUUGCUCUUUCUCUCUUUCUUUCCGGAGGGAGGUUUAUCUUUUCAAGAAAAUGGGAAAAAUUAGUUUAAAUUUCUCCUUCUCUCGUAGGACUUUUCAUUCUUCUUCUAGUGCGAACUUUCGAGAUUUUUUUCCGUCAAUAAAUAAAAGGAUUAAUUUUGAAAACAAAUACAGAAACUAGACUUACUGUAUUUUUUUGUUUUGAAGAAUUUUUGUGUUUAAAGGCGCAGAAGGCUUGCAUGAGCUGCAAUAAAGUUGAAAACGGCCUAUCGCCUUGACAAUUCAUUUGAAAAUGCUCCUUGUGCUCCUUUAAAUAUUUCUAAAUACGUUUCUUUGUUUUUCAAUGUCGCAUGCUCUCUCUUUCCCUUUGUCUCUAACCGAAAGUCUAGCACCACCUGUUUCCCACCUUUCCAACCUUGUCACACCUAACCAACUUCGUUCUACGUGGUCUUGCAGCGAACAGCACGAUACGCCAAUGUCCCUCGCACCUGUGGGAAUGUCUCGACGGCACGUGUCUCGAGUGGAAAUCGCGAUGCGAUGGGACGCCCCAAUGCGCCGAUUCUGGCGACGAGAGACACUGUGGUACGGGAAAGUGCACCUUUUUCAGGGUGGCAUGCACGGAAUCGUUGGAAUAUUCUUGUCUUUUUGA